UUUGCGGUUGCGCUACCUGUUCAUUUCAUUAGCUAUAAGUAUCCUCAAUUCUCACAUCUUCUGCACCACCUGCAUUGUACCUAAAUUUAGCAUGUGCAACCUUAAUUUAGAGAGGUGAAGAGCUAGCUCACCUGUCCAUCACUGCAUUGGCAUCGUCUUCCUGACGAGCUCAAAACAAUCAAGUUGGCGGCGGUUUCCUCCUACGGCCGCCCAUGUUUCUCGAUGCUCCCUGCAGCUGCUCUGUUCCACCUCCACCCAUUCCAAGAAAAGCAAGACAAGGAAAAACAGACGAAAAAAAUUACGGAGGAAAACGGAAAAGGGCACAAGCACAAUACGCGGCGGCCGUCUUCUCGCCAAGGCGAGGCUCAUUCCGUGUCUCCACGCCGCCUAGCUCGGCCUGCCUGCCGCCGGACCGGCGUCUCCCGAUGCCACUGUGAGAGGCCCGGCCGCUGCCUCCCCGCUGCCGGCGUGCGCUUCAGAUGCCAUUCCGGCUCCUAAAGGAUCCCCCAGAACGACGACGGCAGAGGUGAGCGCGCGGCGGCGCUGUGAUGGCGCGCGUCCUCAUGGCGUCGACCGAGCAUCAGGCCUCAUCCCCCGCGGGAGGGCCGCCGGGGCCGAAUGCGCCGCCGCCGCAGUCGUCGGCGCCACCCCCGCCGAAGGCUUCCUCGUCGUCUCCGCCGCCGCCGACACCACCGCCGCCGCCACCGGCGCAGCAGUCUCCACCGCCUCCGGCACCUUCAGGCCAACACAGCCCGACGUCGCCGUUCGAGCAAUCUUCGAUAAAGUCGAGUCCGCCGGAGAAGUCGCCGACGGCGUCCCCGCCUCCUCCGGCUUCGCCUCCGCCCUCGCCGCCGCCGACAAACCAGUCCCCUCCUCCCACUUCCCCGUCGACGUCGCCCCCGCCGCCCCCUCCGCAUUCUUCGCCGCCUCCACCCGCGCCAUCAACGCCACCAUCGCCUCUCGAAUCGACCACGCCCCCGCCACCCUCGUCUUCAGAGACAGCUGCGAGCCCUCCACCUCCCCCAAAUGCCACGUCCGGCUCCGGAUCAAAAACACCGCCGCCGCCGCACGAGGCCCCAUCAACGCCGCCAGACACGGACGCUCAGCCACGUCCGGCCCCGGGGAAGAGUCCGGCUCACCAGAUGCGGCCUCCACCAAUGGGCCUUACGGUGAUCAUGCCAGCGUCCGGCUCUCCUUCAGGCACGUGGAGGGGCCAGCCUGGCUCCGGCGCGAUCGCCCCGCCGCUGGGUCCCCCCGCGGGAGGCUCGGGCAGCAACGUGAAGACGGAGGUGCUCAUCGUGAUCUCCGUGGCCGGGCUCCUCCUGUCACUGGCCUCGCUGUUCAUCUUCGCGUGCUUCAACAACAACCGGGGGAGGCGGCGGCAGUCGCUACCGCCACGCAAGAACAACGUCGUCGUGCCGGAACACGUGGUUUCGCCGGACGUGUACCAGCUGUCGAACGGGGCGGCGCCGUCGCCGAGCGGGACGAACUCGUACGACCUGUCGGGGUCCAAGUCGUGGUUCACGUACGACGAGCUGUUGGGCAUCACGGGCGGGUUCUCGGCGGAGAACGUGAUCGGCGAGGGCGGGUUCGGGAAGGUGUACAUGGGCGCGCUGGGCGACGGGCGGCGCGUGGCGGUGAAGCAGCUCAAGGUGGGCGGCGGCCAGGGGGAGAAGGAGUUCCGCGCCGAGGUGGACAUCAUCAACCGCAUCCACCACCGCCACCUCGUCACGCUCGUCGGAUACUGCGUCACCGAGAACCACCGCCUCCUCGUCUACGAGUUCGUGCCCAACGGCACGCUCGACCACCACCUGCACGGAAAAGGACUUCCCGUGAUGGAUUGGCAUAAGCGGAUGAAGAUUGCGAUCGGCGCGGCGCGUGGGCUGACGUACCUGCACGAAGACUGCCAUCCUAGGAUCAUACACAGGGACAUCAAGUCGGCCAACAUUCUUAUAGACGACGCCUUCGAGGCGAAGGUUGCAGAUUUCGGGCUUGCUAAACUAACCAACGACUCGCUGACUCAUAUCUCGACGCGCGUGAUGGGCACGUUCGGGUACAUGGCACCGGAGUACGCAUCAAGCGGGAAGCUGACCGACAGAUCCGACGUCUUCUCGUUCGGUGUGGUGCUCCUGGAGCUCAUCACCGGGCGGAAGCCCGUGGACGCGUCACAGCCCCUGGGAGAAGAGAGCCUAGUCGAAUGGGCCCGGGUCCUGCUCAUGGACGCCUUGGAUACGGACGACUUCCGAGAGAUCGCCGACCCCGCGCUGGAGGGCAGGUUCUCCAAGACGGAGAUGCGGCGGAUGGUGGAGGCGGCCGCCGCGUGCGUGCGCCACUCAGCCGCCAAGAGACCGAAGAUGGUGCAGGUUUGGCGAUCGCUGGACGUGGACGAGUGCUCGUCGGACCUGACCAACGGCGUGAAGCUGGGGCAGAGCACGGCGUACGACUCGCGGCAGUACUCGGCGGACAUCGAGCUGUUCCGGCGGAUGGCGUUCGCCGACGACCUCUCCACGGCCGAGCUCGGCGCUGCCGAGGGCGAGGACGACGGCCACCGCGGCAGCAGAGCAGGUGGUUCUUCCCGGGCGCGCAGGUAGACGACAGCAGACCAACACCUACGCACGUGAACGACGUGAUACAUCAUGUCCGUCCGCGGUCGCCGUCGGCUCGGUCGAUCGCGGGACCCAGCUGUGCCGUGACCCGACAGCACGCGGCACAGAGGACAGGCGGGGCAGAGCGGGGAAUCGAGGAGGAGGAGGAGGAGGAGGUGACGGCGGCUUCGUUGAUUGAGGCAGUGAUACUAGCACGGUGUCUGUACGUGUACGUUGCUAUUCCUGUUGGUACCCUUCUUGUGUGUGUGUGCAGCCGUGCAUUCGUGUCGCUUAUAAGAUGAAAAAAAGAAAAGAAAACCGCUU